AAGUGUCAGUCUGUAAAGCGCAUGUCAUGGAGGCGUAGUUUAGUAGUUGGAUAAGCGGAUAUUCUGUCUUUUCUGAGACUAAAUUUAAGUUUCUUAGGACUAGUCUACGAACCGUUAUUCCGACAGCUAUUUGUGCAAGCACCUCUAGAUUUGUCUGAAGUAAAUUUUCCUGCCUGCCAUGCCGCGACUAGAAGGAAAACAAAUUGUGAUAACUGCAGCAGCUCAGGGUAUUGGUAGAGCAACCGCUAUCGCCUUUGCGAAGGAGGGUGCCUCUGUUCUUGCUACAGACAUCAAUGCAGAAAAACUGACCAAACUGUCUGGCGUAGCAGGCAUCAUUACCAAGGUGCUCGAUGUGACGGAUGAGAAGGCGGUGCGAAAAUUUGCGGAUGAAGUCGAUAAGAUUGACGUCCUGUUCAACUGCGCUGGCUACGUCCACCAGGGCACCAUCUUGGAGUGUCCGGACGAAGUCUGGGAUCUCAGCUUCAACCUGAACGUCAAGAGCACGUACCUGAUGUGCAAGUCCCUGCUGCCGAGGAUGCUCGCUCAGGGCUCUGGCAAUGUCAUCAACAUGAGUUCGGUCGCCUCUAGCGUGAAAGGUCUUCCACGCAGGCUUGCAUACGGCGCGUCAAAGGCUGCCGUCGUCGGACUCACCAAGUCAAUCGCUAUCGACUUCGUCGGGCAGGGCAUCCGAUGCAACUGCCUGUGUCCGGGUACCGUGGAGACGCCAUCAUUCCUAGAGCGAUUCCAAGAGCUAGGUGGCACGCCGGAAGCAAUGGCGGGCUUCGUCAGCCGACAGCCAAUCGGGCGGAUUGGAACCUCAGAGGAGGUGGCCGCUCUCUGCCUAUACUUGGCCUCGGAUGAGUCGGCUUACAUGACAGGACAAGCCUUGGUGCUGGACGGUGGUUGCUCGUUAUAAACGAUUGACAUCCAACGCAAUGGGUGUAGCUAUAAGUUGUAAUGUGUGAUGUGUGAACAUUACGCUACGUUUUGCCAGGGAUAUGUCUUAAUUUUCAUCUUGGAUCUGUGCAUUUCCUGAUGGGCUGUUUUGCGUCAGGAUAAAAUACUGAUACAUAGCGACAUACGCUGUGAUUUAAUAGACGUUCUAUAUACUUCCAUGGUAUUACUAAUUGAUAAUUAUUUUGUUGAAAAUUUCGUGUUUGUGUCAUCAAAUGUCAAUGCAUUAAAAUAUGAGAUAUCAUUAAUAUAUCAUUGUAAAGCCAUAGCCGGUGAUUAAAAGCGAAGACAACAAAAUCGGGUAUUUCCCACAAUUUAAUUUUAUUUCCCACAAUUAAUUUGUUUUACGACGAAACGACUGCAGUAGGCCUACUAGUGCGCAUGCUCUAUGCACGCCUUGCUCAUUGUUCCUUUAUCAAAUAUUGUAGACAGUCUUUACUUGGCUCAAGAAGAUGUACUUUACAAAUAUUAAAGUAAAACAAGGCGUCACUAACGAUUGGAAUUCUCUCCCGCACAGACAUUUUAUGAACAUGAUUUUUGAUAGGUAUAAUGAUCAUAAGAUAAGACGCCGACAGUCAGAUGCGCGCGUUGACGGCUAGAGAAUGUACGUGCUGGUGGAGACUUGUGGUACAAAAACACGUAUUAACCCCGAUGUACAUGUCCUUAUACGUUACCUGUAGUUACGGUAAUUGUAUAACUUGAUUUUAAAUGAUUUUUCAUUACUUAAUAUUAACAAAUAGGUAACAAACCAUCUAAAACUGGGUUAUAAUCAAUUUGCAAGGAGCGCGAUAGGAAAUUAAUGUGAAAGUCGCGUCUAACGUUACCAUUUUGUAAUCAUAUUUAACCUGACGUUAGUGAGUAUAAUUUACUUACGAGAUACUGGUAUAAUCUUGUUUUGUUACGAAUUAGUACGUUUUGUCAAAUUCUCUACCAACCUGCCAUGCACUGAGGGAGUCUGAGGUACCGGGUUACGAAGAAAUGGGUGAGAAAUUAAUUUCACUAGAAUGUGCCACGUUUCUUCAUAUUUUGCGUACGUGCGUGCGUGCAUACAUAGGCGUGUGCGUGUGCGUG